AUAUUUAAACUUAUUUAAAAUGGGAGCAUUGGCAGAGCUGGCUGGCGAUGAGAAGAACGGCGAAGGAUCCCGGACGUUUGUGUUCACCAACGAGGGUCACACGCUGGGAAAUGCCCUGAAAACCAUUAUAGCCCGCUAUCCGGAGGUGGACUUCUGUGGCUACACCAUUCCCCAUCCCACCGAGCAGAAUCUACACUUUCGCAUCCAAUCCCAUCGAGACAGGGCCGUAGAUAUACUCAAGCGGGGACUGGAGGAUCUGGAGGGACUGUGCGAUCACACAAUCGUUACGUUUGAACAGGAGAUUUCCAAGUUUAAUGCCGUAAAGGUGGAGAAUACAUGAGGGAUUAUAUUAAUAUAGAAUAUACUACAAACUAGACAA